AUGUUAUCUAUCUAUCUAUCUAUCUAUCUAUCUAUCUAUCUAUCUAUCUAUCUAUCUAUCUAUUGCAGUCUGUUUAUUAUCAAUCUAUCUAAUGACCGUUUCUUACCAACUGUUUUCAUGUCUUUGAAUUUGAUUUACCCUCUCUCUUUCUCUCUUUCCCUAUAUCUUUCUUGCUCUUUCUCUCUCUCUCUCUCUCUUUCUCUCUUUCCCCUUCCCUAUUUCUCCUUUUCUCCCUUAAUCUUUUUCUCUUUCUCCCUAUCACUUUCUCACUUUUCCUAUCUCUUUCUUUCUUUCUUUCUUUCUUUCUUUCUUUCUUUCUUUCUUUCUUUCUUUCUUUCUUUCUUUCUUUCUUUUUCCCUCUCUAUCUCCCUCUCUCUUUCUCGCUCUAUUUCUCUCUGUCAUUUUCUUACUUUUUCCCCAUCUCUUUCUUUCUCCCACCGUCUCUCUUUGCCCCUCUCCCCCUUCUCUCUUUGCCUCUCUCCCCCUCUUUCUCUCUCUUCCUAUAUCUUUCCCUCUCUUUCCCCUAACACUUUCUCCUUCUCUCUCUUUCUUCCUCUCUCUUUCUCAUUUUCUACCUGUUUCUUUCUCUCUCUUUCUCGCUUCCCCUCUCUCUUGAUCUCUCCCUCUUUCUCUCUUGCUCCGGCUUUUUCUAGCUUCCCCUUCUCUCUUGAUCCCUUUCUCUUUCUCGCUGCACUCUCACUCUCUCUCUCUCUCUCUCUCUCUGCUUGUUUAUACGUCAUUAAAGCUUACUUUUGCACAAGAUUAAAUUCGAAGGGAACUGUUUUUUACCUGGGCUGGAACUCCGACCUCUAUCUCCUUGCGGUCCUAGAUCUAUUUGCUCUCAUCUUAGAAAUUUGUUGA